AUGAGCUUAAAGGUUGCUAAUCGCCGAAAACCUCGCAAAAUCGGAGGAGAUGACGAAGAUAGCGAUGGCGGGGAGCAAGACUCCGGACCCGUUGUCAAGCGUCCGUCGAAUUUCAAAACGAAACAAAAGUCGAAAUUGCGUCUCUCCUUCGGUCCCGGCGAGACGUCGAUGACGGACAACAGCGGCGAUGGUGAGAAUGAAAGUGAGGUAGUAAUGCCAAAGCGACAUGGCUUGGGCCGACGGGUCUUGGAAAAGAGCGCCUUUCAGAGGUCAUUAACUCCGUCUGGGGCUGGCAAUCCUCCUUCCUUGAGGGUUGGACCCGAGCAAGAUCGGCCGAGCUAUAGUCAGGACUAUCUAAAGGAGCUGCGCGAGUCGACCCCCUCGACCCCGAAGGCGACAAGCACCGAGGAAGAGGAGAAGAAGGAGAAGACGAUCGACGUGGCUGCCAAGUUUGGAGAAGUGAUGAAGGUAUCAGCGCCAGCGGCCAUCCCCAGUGAAGGGGAGAUUAGGGAGAAGAAAGCUCGGAGAGCACGUCUCGCUAAGGAACAUGGGAGUCUUUCGACCACGGAAAAGGACUUUAUCUCUCUUGACGUUGGUGGCGAUGAUGAUGAUGAUGAAUGGGAUUUACAGGGUCGACGGGAGCAAGCCGAGGAUACCAGAUUGGUCCGUGACGACGAAGAUUUUGCUGAAGGAUUUGACGAGUUUGUGGAAGAUGGUCGCAUCUCCCUUGGAAGGAAAGCAGAGCGCGAACAGCAGCGACGGCAACGCGAGGAGAUGCGAGAACUUAUCGACGACGCCGAGGCACUCUCAGAAGAAGACGAUUCGGAUGUGGAAGAAAAGGCGGCCUACGAAGCUAAGCAAACACGAGCUGCGAUGGGCAACAGUCAUCGGGACAGUAUUGGUCGGCCAAAAACACCACCUAAAGUUACCUCGCUUCCGCGUCUUGCUCAUUCCCUUGAGCGACUACGUAUGAACCUCGCCGUCCUGGAAAAGUCCAAAGCCCAGAUAGUCGAUCGCAUGGAAGAGUUGCGGAAGGAGAAGGCCGACAUAGCUGUCCGCGAGGUGGAGAUCCAGGUCCUGAUAAAAGAGGCUGGCGAUACCUAUGAAAAGCUCAAGCAGGAAGCUGAAGCAUCGUCAGGUGUCGAAGGCAAUCAAUCAGCAGCUGACGACUUUGCGAACUCCCGCGGUUUGGAGGGCCUGGGCGCAUCAAUGGCACCUUCGACGGCAAACCGACGAAGUGUUAUACCGUUCAUUGAAUCGCCUAUCGACGAGACAGAUGGAGAGCUUCUUCACCUCUAUCAUCAUUCUGAUGCAACUCCAAUUGAAUUGUUCCUUGACCUCUUCUUCGUUGCCAACCUCUCAACUUUCACAGCUACGCAUGAGAUCAACAAUGUAGAUGCGUUGGUGGCAUAUGUUGGCUUUCUUGGGGUGGUCUGGUUCACCUGGUUCCAAGUGACCUUGUUCGAUAUUCGAUUCGCUCGCGACUCGAUCUUUGAGCGAAUCUGUAAAGCUAUCCAAAUGGCCGUGAUGGUGGAAUUUGCGUCAGCAGGGACUCGAUUUACCACACAAAUGCAAGACGAGAACAUCUGGGCAUUCCAGUCAUUGAGCCUGAUACUCGGUGUCAGUCGGCUUCUGCUUUCUAUACAAUACACUGUCGACGCCGUCUUCCUGAGCAAGCGUAUGAGGUCUGCGUCUAAAAGAAUUUAUUUUAUCGCCGCAACCUUAUUUAUCACGGGUUUCAUCUACUUCUGGAUGUAUUUUGCCUUUCGCAGCCGAGGUGUGGACGGCACAUAUGCCUGGAUUGUUUGGUUCGUUCUGUUCGCCAUAGAGAUGUGGGUAGUCAUGGGGACGUCUUCUGUGAAAGCAGGGAUCGGUCUUCAGGACACUCAUCUGAACGUAAGGAUGGGGCUACUAACCCUGAUAAUUAUCGGUGAGGGCGUCAUCGCUAUCACAAGGAUUGUUAACAAGACAGUCGGACCGGGAGGAUGGACCAAGUGGUCGUUUGCCCAUAUUCUCGGCGUCACGACUAGUGUGUAUUUUCUAUGGCAAGCGUACUUCGAUCUCUCCCCACGGCGUACCAUGGGCAAGUUUUCUCAGCAGAUCUGGGCCCAGCUCCACUUUCCGUUCCAUGUCGUUCUCAUUCUUCUGCUCGAAGGCUCUCAGAUCCUUGCCUUGACUCUGGACAUCACUCUGAAGCUCAAGUAUCUGACUGAGACGAUAUUAUGGACCUGCGAAGAGCCAAGACCCAUGGCAGAAGAGGCCAUUCAUCUGCUGCGCACGACCAUUGCUGAUAUGGAGAUCAACUACAGCCGGGGCGCGAUCAAUGAACAAAUCUCGAUUUCCCAACUGUUGGACGAUCUUCCGUAUCAGCCACUGUGCCCAUCGGAUGGGCCAGAUGACUUCCCUGCCACUAGUGACCUUCUCAGUAACCUGGUCGGAAAUGUUACAGCGGCUUUGUUCUCCAGCAUGGGUAUCAUGCCCUCCAAGAAUGCAGACAUUGGAUCGAUGGGUAGUGAUCGGUUACUGCGAAUGUACAUGGAGCUCCUUAGCUUUGUCUAUAUCUACUACUUUGCGGUGGCAAGUCUGGCCAUGUUCUUCUUUGCUGCAUUCGUCUUGUUGACGCGUCGCCAUGCCCGCGGUAUCUGUGCUGCUAUCAGUGUGGCAGUGCGGGUCUGUUUUGGGAUAUUCUUAGCCGGUCUGAUCGGAUUUUCCCGGCACUUUUCGCUCGUUUACUCGUUCAUGACAUCUCCGGCUAUUCUGUAUACCUUCACGCUUAUUCUUCUAACUGGUAAGUCGAGAUCCCCUCUUUCCGUGCAGUUGAAUUACUAA